CUACUUUCUAUCCAUUCCAUGUAUCUUAACAAAAAUUUCAUAAGAAGAUAAGAACAACUCAAAAUUCACAGCCACGUUUUUUCUUUCUUUGAUGUGACAUUAGUUCACACAUAACUCAUGAAAAACAUCCUUUCUAGGUAUAACCGUAUACCCCUAAACUAUAGGGCUUUCCUCUCGACCUUUUGUACCCACAAAUUUAUAGCUUCGUUGUGUCAUUGUUAUGAGUUUGAUGUCUCGCAAUAAUUGGCAGAUGUAAACCACUUAGCUUUAUUGAUCAUGAGAUCUGUAUGUGAACUGUUUUCGGAUAGUCAAACUAACACCGGUCUACGUCUUCGAUCUACUAACUUCAAUCACGGACAAAAAUGGCGGAGUCUUUGAAAUGACCAAAGUGUCCAUUUGAACAAGCAUCACCCAGUUUAAGAUAUGGGGUGAUAUAGGUAAUUUGAUAUGUACCUUCCUUCUGGCCUGACGCUCGUGAAAACAAUAAUGGGGAACACCAAACAUGCUUCAACUGCUACUCAGAUCCUCCAUUAUUAUUUUCAUUAAAUCUCAUAUCGAUCCCCACUGGUUCCUUCUAAAUAAUUGCUGUUUUGCAGGUGUGUAUUCAUGUUAAUCAAGUACUUUAUUAUUAUAUUCGUCUUUUUAAAGCUUAUGUUUUUGACCCCAUUAAUUUAUGGGUUUAUGUAAAACGUUAUUUAAACGUCCUUCUCUUUAUAUUCCCAAAUAAAUCUUUGGUUUUGUUAAUAAUAUAUUAACACCUUAUGGAUACAAGGCAUUCGGUUUGAGAGUUGACUCGAUGAUAUUAUUGUUAUUAGUUGGCAUAUAUGACACACCAGCACAACUUGAUUUUUCUUUGUUUUUAUGUCAUUAAUAUUCAUUCAUGGUUUUCAUUAUUUCACUGAGAGUGUGAGUUUUGUGACGUCAUAACGACAGUCUGGUCCCAUGGCUGAAGAAAGUUAAAGGACCUUGGUGCUCUACAGCCAUUCUUUAUUCUCUUUCAUUGUUGUGGUUUCUUGAAAUUGUUGCAGGUUUUGUGGGUGCGAUAGCAUUUAAGUUGGACGUAAAUUAAAUUUAAAGCACCCAUUUUGGUUGAAUCUUGGAUAGAAAAAGGUGGCAUUAAAGAUAGCAAAUGCAGACUCCAAAAACAAGCGUAAAGAGUUCUUCUGGCUCUGAAGGUGGUCGGAAGAUCUCUCCUCGAUCUGUUUCUUUAGAGACUAGACAAAAGAGCACAGGUCGUGUUGUUCGACAACUCAAGACAAGUGGCCUUGAAGCAAACUCUUCUACAAGUAUUAGAACACCAAAAACAACAAGUACUAAAACUCUUGAUCGCAUAUCACCAAAAGGACUUGAACCUGAGAAGAAACGUCAAGGGAGAGUUGCCGAACUUGAAACACAGAUUAGUCAACUGGAGGAUGCUUUAAGAACUGUUAAAGAUCAACUAAUUGUGUCUGAAUCAUGGAAAAAACAAGCCAAGUUAGACGCAGAAGAGUCGAGGAAAGAGCUUUUAGCCAUAACUUUAAAACUUGAAGAGUCUCAAAAGCUCUUGGCUUUGUCUUCUUUCCAUGAAACCCAUUCGAACUAUCUAUCGGCAUACGAGGAGAUACGUGUCUUGAAAGAGAAUAUGGCUCAACAGGUUUCGAUCAUGGAGGAAAUGAAGAACCAACUUGACGAUUCCAGAAGUUCAGAGUCUAAGGCCCAUACUUUAGCUAGCGAAACUUUACGACAACUCGAAACAGCAAAAAAAACAAUGGAGUCAUUAAAGACAAACAGUGAUGAUUACAACGCUAUUGUUUCGGAGCUACAGCAAUCUAGAGAACGCGUAAGUUCGUUAGAAUCGAUUAUUGAAGAAAUGAAUGUAAAAGAGAAACAAAGUGAAUCCAAAGAGAUUACUGAUUUGAAAGCUGAACUCGAAAAUUUGAAAUCUCGUCAAGCAUGGGAGAUUAGUGGCGAAUUGAGGAAGUCGAAAGAAGAUGUUGAUGAGUUGAGGGCGAGUUUGAUGGAUAAAGAAACCGAAUUGCAAUGUAUUCUUGAGGAGAACGAAAAUCUGAAUGCGAAACUGAAAAACUUGCGAGAAAACGAGGUGGGAAACGAGUCUAAACAAGAAUUCGAGAGUUUAAAGUUGAAAUUGACGAGUUUAGAGACGGAAUUAAGCGAAAAGUGCGAUGAAAACGAGAUGCUGAAACUGGAAAUCAAGAAAAUGAAAAGCUCAACGGAGGCAAUGAAGAAGAACAAAGAUGAAGUUGUAAAUGUGACAGAACGAUUAGAGGCUGUGAAGAUGAGCAACUGUGAAAUGGAAGAAGAGUUGAGAAGGCUGAAAGUACAGAUGAGUCAAUGGCGGAAGGCGGCGGAGGCGGCUACUGAUAUGCUUUGUGAUAAGAGCAGUGAUAACAAUGGGCGGAUGCUGGAGGAGAGAACAUGGUCGAUGGGCCAUUUUAGCCCUAGGAAGAGGUUGAACAUGUGUUCACCUGGUAGUGUAGAGAUUGAUGAUGAUGAUGAUGAUGAGUUUAUGAAGAGGAAAGAUGGUAAUAUGCUUAGAAGGAUUGGAGUGUUGUGGAAGAGGCCGCAGAACAAAUGAUCAUGAUAGAGAUGGUAUUGGUUGGAAUUUAAUUGAAAUUUUUAUGAACAUUUGUAAUUUUUUUAUUUUUAUUAUUAAAGAAGCAUUAUUGUAUUUUGAAAAUGCAAAUGGAGGCACCAUCAUUGAAUAUUUCAACCAAUGGAAAUGUUAUUUAGGUGUAAACGUGUAUGAGGCAUACCAAUGAUAAUUGAAGUUCAUUAGUUUAUGCAUACCAACC